AUGAGGUAAUAGCCAUACUUCAUUAAGCCUGUGAAUCACUUAUCGUAUAGAAAUCAAUCGAGUAAGCAAAGCUUUUGCCAAUAAUAAAGUGAGGAAUCAAAAUCAAAAAGUCAAAAUCGAUUAUCCAAUAUUAAAAAGCCUGCUCCCAUAAUCACUCAAGGUAUUACUUCUCCGCAAUUAAAGAGGAUGAACAAUUAAUUGAAGAUUUUAAAAAGUAACAAAGUGGAUUUGCCAUCGCUGCCUUCGCCUCAAUUACAACAAUAAUAGUGUGAUUAAUCUUUGUCGAAAUUUAAAAGCUUUGAAAAUCUAAACAUCCAAAUGAGGCAGCCAACACCAAGAAGAUUCAAGUCUGAUGAACCUAACAUCAGUGAACUUGGCACUCAGCCAAAAAAAACUAUUCGCUUCAGUUAGCAUAGCAACAUCAGAUUGAGAAAUGAUUCAGCGAAGGCCAGAAAUAGAUCAAACCACAUUCCUUUUCAAAAAACUAAUACUGAACCUAGUGAAAUAGUUCAUUCUCCAAUUAAACAUAAGGCGAAGAGAGAUUUCGAUGAUUCAAGGGAAAUUCUGUAUUAAUUACAAAGAGGUUACUCAAAAGAAAAGUAAUCUAUAUUAAAGACUGAACCAGAUGAUCCCUAUAGAAUCGGCAGUAUUUGUGAGAAUAGGAAUUCUGCGAGUCUGAAAAGACAGUUUGGCUAUCAAUAGCUUAAUGAAUCCCAAAGAUUCCCGACAAAACAUCAUAUAGAAAUGCCUUGUGACGAUGAAUUUUCCUAAUUCUUCAAGGAGGAUGAGAUCUAAAGCAAUUUUAAGAGUACCUAAAAGAAUGCUAAUCAUUAAAAUUAAAUAAGUCAACAAACGAAAGAGAAAAUCUUGGAUUUGCUCUUUCUUUCAACGGGGGAAUUGAAAAAAAAAUUUAAUGAAUAAAGUAGAAUUUAAUAUUCUAAAAUUACUAAUAAAAUUUAGCAAAACAAACCAAUAGUACCUAAAAGCAGAUUUCCCAAUGACUUUUUUAAUGUUUUGCAUUCUAAUGAAUCUCAAUUAUUUUGA